GGGGCUGGUGUGAAUUGUCAGCGGUCUUCCCCAUGAGAGUAGUCUUCUGAUUUCUCGUGUUUCAAUGAAAGUUUUCACCUUUUUCCCUCUAAAUUUUGUUUGAAUCUUUAAAAGAAAAUCCCUAAAAAAGAUGCCGAUCUUUAAUGUGAACGUGAAAUGGGGAAAGGAAAAGUUUGGUGGUGUUGAGCUGAACACAGAUGAGCCUCCACAAGUUUUCAAGGCGCAGCUAUUCGCCCUCUCCAGCGUACCACCAGAAAGACAAAAAGUUAUGCUUAAAGGAGCUGUACUUCAGGAUGAUGAGUGGGGAAACUUCAAGCUGAAAGACGGUGUGACACUCAUGAUGAUGGGUUCCGUUGGGGAUAUACCAACAGCACCUGUGCAGAAGACAGUCUUCAUGGAGGACAUGUCUGAGGCACAGCUGGCAUCUGCUUUCAAGCUUCCAGCUGGUCUCAAUAACCUGGGCAAUACAUGUUACAUGAAUGCUACUGUGCAGUGUCUGCGCAAUGUUCCAGAGCUACACGAAAGCUUGACAAAUUAUUCUGGUAACCUGGGGUUUGGUAGUGAUAUAGGCUCGCCUGAAUCUGUCACUGUUGCUUUGCGGGAUUUGUUCAAGACCAUGGAUAAGACUUCAGAGGCAGUGCCACCAAUCAUUUUCCUACAGGUCCUCCACAAAGCAUUUCCACAGUUUUCUGAGAAGACAGAACAAGGAAUCUUCGCCCAGCAGGAUGCAAAUGAAUGCUGGACACAGAUGGUACGUGUCCUGCAACAAAAGCUGCCUGGACAGCCACAGGCAUGUGACGGCGAGGAGAAAGUGGCCACACCCCCUAGAGGAUUUAUGGAUCAGUAUUUUGGCAUAGAAUCAGAGUCAACCAUGAAGUGUGUUGAAGCGCCGGAUGAACCAGAAACCAAAUCCAAAGAAACUCUUUUUCAACUCAGCUGCUUUAUAUCACAAGAGGUGAAAUACAUCCACACAGGUCUUCAAAGUCGCUUAACAGAGAAUAUCACAAAGAAAUCCCCAUCACUUGGCCGGGAUGCACAAUAUGUGAAGAAGUCUAUGCUUAGCAGGUUACCUGCAUAUCUUACUGUGCAACUUGUCAGAUUUUACUUCAAAGAAAAAGAGGCUGUUAAUGCCAAAAUUCUCAAGGAUGUGAAAUUUCCUAUGAGUCUAGAUGUGUAUGACUUGUGCUCUGAGGAGCUCAGAACCAAACUCACGCCGCAGAGAGAAAAAUUCAAAGAGAUGGAAGACAGAAAACUCCAGGAAGCCCAGGAUUUGAAAGCUAAGGCAAAGGGUCCAAAGUCUGAGGAGAAGUUAGAACCCAUGGAGGUUGAUGGCAAAAAGAAGGAAUCUAAGCUGGAACCCUAUUGGUUUGCUGAUGAUGUUGGCUCAAAUAACAGUGGUUACUACGAGCUAACAGCUGUACUGACGCACCAGGGACGGUCCUCUUCAUCUGGGCAUUACCUUGCUUGGAUAAAAAAGAAGGAUGAUGAAUGGUACAAGUGUGAUGAUGAUAAGAUCACCAUGGUAACUUCAGAAGAAAUCCUCAAACUCUCUGGUGGAGGUGAUUGGCAUUGUGCAUAUGUUUUGCUUUACGCGCCAAGAAGACUGGAAACCGUUGUGGAAACACCUGCCGUAUAAACCAUCAAUCGCAAAACUCCCUCCGUCUCGCAGAGACACCACUGCGCACCUCGCUCUCGCUAUUGAAAAGUUUUUGAGGCGGGUUAACUGGCAUUUACUAUUACACCCUUCUGCUAUAAUUUAUCCAAAGUGGCAUGACGCAAGCUCUAAACAAGCCACAGCAGAUGCACCUGGAUGUGAAAAUAAUUUGUGAUCAAAGUUAGCUGCUUACCUCCUGCGAUGAGGUUCGCAAUAAAAUGAAAAAAACUUUU